UUCUCAAAGCCUUCUAUAGUUUAUAACCUUUUUAUCUCUUUAUCCUUCCUUCUCUCUUUUAGUAAUUCUCUCUUUCCUUUCACACUAAACCCUAAUCCAAGAACUUAAAAUAAACUGAAAAUUCAAGAAAAUAUAUAAUCCGAGGACUCUCAAAUCUUCUAUUUUGAACAACCAACAUGUUCGGUUUUUCUUUUCUUUCUAAUUAAACGUGUGAGAACAACCUAACUAGCUAGUGGUCCAUGAAUAAGAGGCAAAGGACAAGUUUGUUAACUCCUACUUUUUAGAUCUUUCAAGAUAUAAUGAUAUAUACUUUGUGAAAACUUCUCUAGUAGGAGACAUGGAUUCUUGUAACAGUGGUAGUGUACAAUCUUCAAGUGGUGAUGAUAAAGAAUAUGAUUCACAUCAUGGGGCAUCAUCAAUCUCAACUUUCUUGAAUUCUUCAAGCCAUUUUGGUUCAUUAAUCUCAUCAAGUCCAUUGCCACAAUUUCUUUCUCAACAAUCCUCUCUCUUUGAUCCUUAUGACACACAAAAUUUCAACUCUAGUUUCCAAGAUUCAACAAAUAGUCCAUACAACAAUGAUCUUGUUUGGCAUAAAGACAUAAGAUCUAAUCAUCCCAACAAUAAUUUUAACAACUUUGGAAACUUAACUUCAUCAUCAUCAAUUGCUCCUACUCAUCAUCAAGGUCCACACUAUGAUUCUACUUCAAUACCAAUAAAUCCUUCCAAUAUCGUUCAGCCUAAAAAUCCUAAGAAAAGAAGCAGGGCAUCGAGGCGCGCGCCAACAACUGUCCUCACUACUGACACUACAAAUUUUCGACAAAUGGUUCAAGAAUUCACUGGCAUCCCAACAACUCCGUUUACUGGUUCAGCCUACACUCGCCGCUUUGAUCUUUUCUCAACUGCCAGCUCAUCCAUGAAGAGAUCAGCCAAUUUGGAUAAUGUUGGAGCUCUUAAUUAUACUAUUAGACCAUCCACACAAAAGGUUCAAAAUUCUCAAUUUAUGCCACUAUUUUUGAGUUCUAGCGUGAUUAAUGAUACAUUAUUGCCAACAAAUAAUAACAUAGUCGGUGCUACAAAUGCUUCCACAUUUGGUCAAAUUAGUAAGUCAUUUACUAGUACAAUUCCUUGUUUGGAUGAAAUGGUGAUGAAACAUCAUGAUCAAGUUGAUGCAAGUCAUGGUGGAUUUGAUCAAUAUGAUCAACGUGGGGCAUCUGGUGGAGAAGAAAGAUCAAGAAAAGAUAGGAACAUUUCAAGAUUAUUGUUUGAUGGGAAUAUAUAGUGCUAUAGAGUACUACUUACUCAUAACAUGUUGGUGGAUUUAAUCAUCCUGAUCAGAAGGUCAAGUAACAGUAGCUUGUUAGAAGAUUUCAUUGACCCUAGUAGUUUUUUCUAAUCUUAUAUUAAUGUUAUCGGCAAUGUUUACGAUGAUUAAUAUGUGGUAAUAUUCAUUUAUGACUUUGUUCAUCUUAGUCAUUAGUUUCAUUUCCUUUAGUAAUAUGGUUUUUUUGUGUAAUUAUAUAUAUAGCUCAUUGUAUAUACACACAAGUUAACAUGGAAUAAAUUGUAAGCACUUCUUUGAGAUGAUUUAC